AAAAAAAAACACUGGGUGGGCGGGAAAAGAUUUGCCAGAAUUUCCGUAGGGGCGUAAAUUCUGUUCAAUUUGCAUGACAUAAAAUACUAAUUUAAUUGACCAGUGGACUAAUUUACUUCCCUCGUAAUAAUGAAUCCCAGCAUUUAUAUAGAAUUAUAUCGAAUAUAAUAGAAUAUAUCGCAAUCCUAAUGUAGGGUUCCCAACACCGAGGGUGCAUAUGAUCAAUCAUAGGUAUAAUGUACGUCUACAUGUACAUAUGUACGUAUAUUGUUCAAGUUGCUAUUCUGGUUAAUAAAUGGGAGCACUGGACCAUAUUAGGAUUAUAUACCAGCAACUAUUGUAAACUACAUUGUACCUGCAUAACUGCACCCUUAUCUGCUAAUCCUGCUAUAAACUGUGAAUAUCCAGUGUAUGCUUCCCACCCCUAUUCAUAGAAUGGUGACCUUUCACUGUAUCACAAAUGUCUGGCUUCAGAUCGGGAUUCAGGGUCAGUAUGAUUGAAUAUUCAAUUGUGUCUGGCCAUGCACCGUAGGGCCAAGGCAAUAGGAUACUAUAGUGGGCAUAACCAUGGAGGCAGGAAUAACCCAAGGUCACUAUAUGUACAUGUACACCAAUUCAACAAAUUCCAUUGCCAACAUAUAGUUUGUGACCUGCUGCAACUUUGCCAUUGUAAAAUUUGUCAUUCAAAUGAGGAUUGAGGUGCCCAGAUGUUUAGUAAAAUUUGUUAUUCAAAUGAGGAUAAGGUGCCCAGAGUGUUUAGUAAGUUUCUCCACAGCGAGCAGUAUAAUCUUUGUAGAGGUUACGCACUAACAACCUUCAGCUCAUCACCGCAAGCAGCUCCAGUCCAAGACCACUAGACGAGACAAAGCCCGCCGGUCGCGUGUUAACGCCAAUGACCAGAUCUCCACCUCCGAGGUGACGAUGGAGAGUGCAGAGUGCGUGACCCUUGUGCCCUUCGUGCACCAGGUCGGAGGUCACACUGGAAUGAUGAAGUACGACGAGGCCACCGUGUGUAAACCGGUCUUCCCGGCCGAGCUCCACUUUUACGAGAUGCUCACACCAGAACUGGCCAAAUUCACUCCAGCUUUCAAAGGGGUUGUCCAUGUUUUCGUUCAAGAAGAAGAUGAUGGCUCGUUGAGCGUCCGAGCCUACCCAAUAAGGUCACAGCACCAGACUAGCACCGGCCCAAUGUACCCCAGCAAUGGACAAGUCUGGGUACCAGACUCGGCAGAAGAACAUGACAGGAAAAGUUCCGAGUUGUCACAGCAACAAAGGACAAAUCCUACGCAGCAAAGUGAACCAUCGGACAGCAAAGAUUCCUCCAGUGAAGAGGACUUAUUUGAAGAUCACUCGGAGAGCAAAACAACUCGGCAGCAGUUUGAGAAGGGCAACCCGUGGGGAGUUCAUCUGAACCGACUGCAGAUGGCUCGCAUGCACAAAGACUUCGGCUCAAACAAGCUCCAUAAGUUUAUCCUUUUGGAGAAUCUGACGUCCAAGUUUCGCUCCCCGUGCAUCCUGGAUGUUAAGCUAGGGACGAAGACCUACCACAAGGACCACUCAGAAGCCAAACGGCAGCUGCAUAUCGACCGCGAUGCGGCAACCACCACGGCCACGCUAGGCCUACGCCUUUGUGGCAUGCAGUUGUAUCAGGCCAGCAAAGGCAGUUACAAAUGCCGCAACAAAUACGAUGGACGCCGCCUGGGCAAGGAAGGCCUCCAGAGUGCACUACGUGAGUACUUCUCAACCAGCAACGAAGUCAGGAUGGAACUCCUGCCUCCCUUUAUUGAGAAAUUGGAGGCACUCCUCCAGGUGGUUUCCUCGAUCUCGACCUUCAGCUUCUUGAGCACCUCCCUGCUCUUCAUGUAUGAGGGGGAUGGGGACCAGUCGAGUAAGUCGCUGCAGGAUACCAAUGGAGACUCGCCGGAGUUGUUGACGGACCUACGGAUCAUCGAUUUUGCCAAUUCGGAGCGGGACCCAGACAGCAUAACGGACAUCGAGUCCAGUAACAAAGGAUGCAUCUACGGACUGGAAAACCUGCUGCAAAUCCUGAAAGACAUUCGGGCAGCGAGUAAGCAUUCAAGCUAAUGACAGCAUCAGGACUCAGAGGCGAGGUUUUUGCAAGCAAUCUUACAUUAACUGUGUUUUAGCAGUGUAUCUCUUUGUAAGGGUUCCCUGUCACCGAAAAUUAUGUAAAAUUAUUUUUUAAACCUUUCAUGCCUUCUAUUGUCGGUGAUGAGAAUAGAGAUGCUAGAUUGUUACUCGCAAUACAGAAAGACAAAAGUGCACUAGUAUACAAAUGUAACAUGGUUUGAGGGUAGAUAGUCAAUAUUAGCUCUCCGGGGUAUUGGAAGUUGACGAAAUAUUCGCCUCGGGAAUUAGUUCGUAAACUUCCGGCUUGUGAUCUGGCUGACAAGCACAUAAGAUACAUGCAUGUAGCUCCUAGACUGAUCAGCUUAAUAAGGUGCGCAUGAUGUACACAUUCAUCUAGACUCGUUGUACAAUUAGCGUUUCACUCGUUAAAAAUAAAAGAUCAAGUACAUGCGAGUGCCAUUGACACCAUGCGCUUUCCAGAGAUACAUAAUUUGUGCACCCUCGGAUAACAAUGGGUGAGUUUUUAGACGCUUGGAGGCAGAAAACGCAUCAGUCCUUCUCUGUUGUUUGUGUAAUUUUGAACAUACUGUUUUUUUUUUA